UUCCAUAAUCACAGCGGGCGAGAGCGGAGACUGGGAGCGAAAAAUCCGGGAUCCGGCAACUUUGGGCAGCGCAUGCGCGCCCGCGGCGCUCCAUCCCAAACACACACACAUUUUUCCCCCGGACUUGGAAAGUCACCCAAAGCCGCCCCAAGUGCAGGCACAUAGACCUUGGUGACAGAAGACAAAGAUCCCAUUGGCCCUUCCAGCUGCCCUGGCCACCAACCCCUCCUUCACAGGGGGUCCUGCAACUCCCAGGUGGUGCGUGUUGGAAUGGACUUCAGACCCCAGCCUCUUGGGAUGCAAAGGAUGAAGUGACACCCCAGCAGCAUCUGAGGCACCUCUAGGACCCAUUAGGAGAGUUUGGGACCAAGGAGCGGAGAAUGGAUCUUGGAACAGAUGGGACACUGAGGUCCAGUGCAGAGAAACUUGGUUAAAGUGGCAAGCUUUAAGAGGAUGGCAAAUCUCAGGUAUUGAUUUGUUUUAUUUGGAAGCCACCAAAGCCCAGGUGCCCCAGUGUGGUCUCGGGCUGGACACUAUCCCACAGUGGAAGGGCAUGGAGGGGCACAAGUCCUUGUCAGCCAUGGAGGGGCUUGGGCAAGGCUCACCCUCCAUUCUCCCCUCACUCCCACCAGGAGGAGGAACUGGAAGAUGAGGUGGGGUGCCCUGGUCACCAUCUGCACUCUUUCCCUCUCCCAGGAAGCAGGAGCUCGGCCCAGGGCAGGGCAAUGGCAGCAGAUACCCUGAUUCUCCUCCCAGCAGUCCAGACCUGCUUCCAGCAGACACCUGGAAGGGACCCCUUGCCCCCAGUGUUCGUGAGGCUUCUACCAGGACCUCAGGUCACCUCAGGCUGAAGGCACCCGGUGCACUGACCCACCUGCAGGCAAACCGGCCAUGGCGGCCAAGCGCAAAGGCGGCCUCAAGCUCAAUGCCAUCUGUGCCAAGCUGAGUCGCCAGGUGGUGGUGGAGAAGGGAGCAGAGGCUGGCUCCCAGGCGGAGGACAGCCCGCUGAGGCCCCGGGACAAAGAGCGCAGUGGCCCUGAGUCUGGGGUGGCUCGGGCCCCACGCAGCGAAGAAGACAAGAGGCGGGCGGUGAUUGAGAAGUGGGUCAACGGGGAGUACAGUGAGGAACCGGCACCUGCACCCAUGCUGGGGCGGAUCACCCGCGAGGGCCUGGAGCUGCCUCCCGAGGGUGUCUACAUGGUCCAGCCCCAGGGCUGCAGCGAUGAGGAAGACCAUGCUGAAGAGCCCUCCAAGGAUGGCAGUGUCCCAGAGAAGGACUCAGAUGGGGCAGCCUCAAAGGACAACAGUAGCCCCGGCAUCAAGCAGGCUUCAGGAGAGGCCUCCUCGCUAAGGGACUAUGCGGCCUCCACCAUGACCGAGUUCCUGGGCAUGUUUGGCUAUGAUGACCAGAACACGAGGGAUGAACUGGCCAGGAAGAUUAGCUUCGAGAAGCUGCAUGCGGGCUCCCCCCCUGAGGCGACCCCCUCUUCCAUGUUACCCACCUCUGAGGAAAGCCUCAGCAAGCGGGCACGCUUCUCCAAGUAUGAGGAGUACAUCCGCAAGCUCAAGGCCGGCGAGCAGCUCUCUUGGCCAGCCCAUGGCACCAAGGCUGAGGAGCGGGCAGGCAAGGAGAUGGUGGGCCCUCUGCCUGGCCUGCGGCUGCCCAGCAACACCACCCACCUGGAGACCAAGGCCACCAUCUUGCCCCUGCCAUCACACAGCAGUGUCCAAAUGCAGAACCUGGUGGCCCGGGCCUCCAAGUAUGAUUUUUUCAUUCAAAAACUGAAGACCAGUGAGAACCUGCGCCCUCAGAAUGGGAGUGCCUACAAGAAGCCGUCCAAGUAUGACCUGGAGAACGUCAAGUACCUGCACCUCUUCAAACCCGGGGAGGGCAGCCCCGACAUGGGCGGGGCCAUUGCCUUCAAGACAGGCAAGGUGGGGCGCCCCUCCAAGUAUGACGUCCGGGGCAUCCAGAAGCCAGGCCCCGCCAAGGUUCCGCCCACCCCCAGCCUGGCUCCUGCACCCCUCGCCAGUGUGCCCACUGCUCCCAGUGCCCCCGGGCCGGGGCCCGAGCCACCUGCCUCCCUGUCCUUCAAUACUCCCGAGUACCUGAAGUCUACCUUCUCCAAAACAGACUCCAUCACCACGGGGACCGUCUCCACUGUCAAGAACGGAUUGCCCACAGAUAAACCAGCUGUCACCGAAGAUGUAAACAUUUACCAGAAAUAUAUUGCCAGGUUUUCAGGCAGUCAGCACUGUGGCCACAUCCACUGUGCCUACCAGUACCGAGAGCACUACCACUGCCUGGACCCUGAGUGCAACUACCAGAGGUUCACGAGUAAGCAGGACGUGAUCCGGCACUACAACAUGCACAAGAAGCGGGACAACUCCCUGCAGCACGGCUUCAUGCGCUUCAGCCCCCUGGACGACUGCAGCGUCUACUACCACGGCUGCCACCUCAACGGGAAGAGCACCCACUACCACUGCAUGCAGGUGGGCUGCAACAAGGUGUACACGAGCACGUCCGACGUGAUGACCCAUGAGAACUUCCACAAGAAGAACACCCAGCUCAUCAACGAUGGCUUCCAGCGCUUCCGAGCCACCGAGGACUGCGGCACGGCGGACUGCCAGUUCUACGGACAGAAGACCACGCACUUCCACUGCAGGCGUCCUGGCUGCACGUUCACCUUCAAGAACAAGUGUGACAUCGAGAAGCACAAGAGCUACCACAUCAAGGACGACGCCUACGCCAAGGACGGGUUCAAGAAGUUCUACAAGUACGAGGAGUGCAGGUACGAGGGCUGCGUGUACAGCAAGGCCACCAACCACUUCCACUGCAUCCGCGCCGGCUGCGGCUUCACCUUCACCUCCACCAGCCAGAUGACCUCGCACAAGCGCAAGCACGAGCGCCGGCAUGUCCGCUCCUCGGGCGUGCUGGGGCUGCCACCCUCGCUGCUGGGCGCCAAGGACACGGAGCCCGAGGAGUCUAGCAACGACGACCUGGUGGACUUCUCUGCCCUGAGCAGCAAGAACUCCAGCCUGAGCGCCUCCCCCACCAGCCAACAGUCCUCUGCGUCCCUGGCCACUGCCGCUGCCACCACUGAGGGCACGCCCAGUGCCACCAAGCCUCCUAGCAGCAAGAUCCAGGGGCUGAUGCCCCAGGGCCUGCCAGGCUCCAUCCCCCUGGCACUGGCCCUCUCCAACUCGGGCCUGCCCACCACCGCACCGUACUUCCCCCUUCUUCCUGGCCGUGGGAGCACCUCCCUGCCUGUGGGUGCCCCUGGCCUCCUGGGUGCCAUGUCAUCUGGGGCAGCAGCCUCAGCAACCCCCGACACACCUACCUUGGUGGCUUCGGGAGCUGGAGAUUCGGCCCUGGCGACUGCCACCUCUGUCCCGGUGCCCCCUGCCUCCAUCAUGGAGAGAAUCUCUGCGAGCAAGGGCCUCAUCUCACCCAUGAUGGCCAGAUUGGCCGCAGCUGCCCUCAAGCCCUCUGCCACCUUUGACCCAGGAAGCGGGCAGCAGGCCACCCCUGCCAGGUUCCCUCCAGCCCAGGUAAAGCUGGAGCCGGGUGAGAGCGCUGGCACCCCAGGCCCCCUUGAGGCCUCCCAGGACCGCAGUCUAGACCUGACUGUAAAGGAAUCCAGUAAUGAAUCAAAUGGCCACGCAGCCCCGGCAAAUUCAUCUCUUUUAUCCUCGCUUAUGAAUAAGAUGUCUCAGGGCAACCCCAGCCUCGGCAGCCUGCUAAGCAUCAAGACAGAAGCAGAGGGGAGCCCUGCUGCAGAGUCCUCACCCUUCCUGGGCAAGGCUGCAAAGGCUGUCGUUCAGGAGAAGCUCUCAGAGCCCUGGAGAGUGUACCUACGCAGGUUUGGUACCAAGGACUUCUGCGACGCCCAGUGUGACUUCCUCCACAAGGCACACUUCCAUUGCGUGGUGGAGGAGUGUGGUGCACUCUUCAGCACCCUGGACGGGGCCAUCAAGCAUGCAAACUUCCACUUCCGGACGGAGGGCGGAACAGUGAAAGGAAGCUCAGAGGCUUCCUUCCCGGCCUCUGUUGCUGAGACCAAACCUUCCUUGGCACCCUCACCCCCCCCGGCACCUCCUGGCACCACAGUCCCGGGGACCUGUCUGGAAGGACCUGCUCCCAGCCCGGCCUCGGUGCCCUCCACCCCCACCCUGCUCGCCUGGAAGCAGCUGGCUUCCACCAUACCCCAGAUGCCUCAGAUUCCCGCAUCAGUGCCUCACCUGCCCGCCUCACCCUUGGCGACGACUUCUCUAGAGAAUGCCAAGCCCCAGGUCAAACCCGGAUUCCUCCAGUUCCAGGAGAACGACCCUUGCCUCGCGACAGACUGCAAGUACGCCAACAAGUUCCACUUCCACUGCCUCUUUGGGAACUGCAAGUAUGUCUGCAAGACCUCCGGCAAGGCUGAGUCUCACUGCCUGGACCACAUCAACCCCAACAAUAGCCUGGUGAACGUGCGAGACCAGUUUGCUUACUACUCCCUGCAGUGUCUCUGUCCCAACCAGCACUGUGAGUUCCGGAUGCGUGGACACUACCACUGCCUCCGGACUGGCUGCUACUUCGUCACCAACAUCACCACCAAGCUGCCCUGGCACAUAAAGAAGCAUGAGAAAGCUGAGCGGCGGGCAGCCAACGGAUUCAAAUACUUCACCAAGCGCGAGGAGUGCGGCAGGCUAGGCUGCAAGUACAACCAGGUGAACAGCCACUUCCACUGCAUCCGGGAGGGCUGCCAGUUCUCCUUCCUCCUGAAGCACCAGAUGACCUCCCACGCCCGGAAGCACAUGCGCAGGAUGCUCGGGAAGAACUUUGAUCGCGUGCCCCCCUCCCAGGGCCCCCCAAGCCUGAUGGAUGCUGAGACAGAUGAGGGCAUGGACUACACUGGCUGCAGCCCGGGUGCCGCCUCCUCCGAGUCCUCUACCAUGGAUCGCAGCUGCUCCAGCACCCCCGUGGGCAACGAGAGCACAGCGGCAGGCGGCCCGGCUCCUCCUCCUCCUCCUCUUCCUCCUCCUGCUGCCACUGGUGACGAGGCCACCCGUGGGGCCCCACGGCCCCCCCUGACUCCACCCUUCCCGCCGGCUGCGCUCCGGCCGCCCCUCCCCCCCCUCCCAUGCCUCUUCUCUCCGUCCUGUCUCUCAUACUCUCUGCUCAGUGCCACUCUGGGAGCCAGUCGCGGCCUGGCCCACCCCAUCAGCAGCCCGCCCAGCUUCCCGCCUGUCACUGCCACUCCAACUCCAGUAAAAAGUGACGUCCCCCUAGUUCAGGACGCCGCAGGGAAUACCAUCUCCAUGCCCACAGCCUCCGGUGCCAAAAAGCGCUUCUGGAUCAUCGAGGACAUGUCGCCCUUCGGCAAGCGGCGGAAGACGGCCUCCUCGCGCAAGAUGCUGGACGAGGGCAUGAUGCUGGAGGGCUUCCGGCGCUUCGACCUCUAUGAGGACUGCAAGGACACGGCCUGCCAGUUCUCGCUCAAGGUCACCCACUACCACUGCACGCGUGAGAACUGCGGCUACAAGUUCUGCGGGCGCACGCACAUGUACAAGCACGCGCAGCACCACGACCGCGUGGACAACCUGGUGCUGGACGACUUCAAGCGCUUCAAGGCCUCGCUCAGCUGCCACUUCGCCGACUGCCCCUUCUCGGGCACCAGCACGCACUUCCACUGCCUGCGCUGCCGCUUCCGCUGCACCGACAGCACCAAGGUCACGGCGCACCGCAAGCACCACGGCAAGCAGGACGUGAUCAGCGCGGCGGGCUUCUGCCAGUUCAGCUCGAGCGCCGACUGCGCGGUGCCGGACUGCAAGUACAAGCUCAAGUGCUCGCACUUCCACUGCACCUACCCGGGCUGCCGCCACACGGUCGUGGGCAUGUCGCAGAUGGACUCGCACAAGCGCAAGCACGAGAAGCAGGAGCGCGGCGAGCCGCCCGCCGCCUCGCCCGGCGCGCCCGUCAGCCUGGACGGCUCGCUCACGCUGGCCGCCGAGCCCGGGGGCUCGCUGCUCUUCCUGCAGACGGCCGCCGCCGGCCUGGGCCUGGCGCUCGGCGACGCCGGGGACCCCGGCCCGCCCGACGCUGCCCCCGCGCCGCGGGAGGCCCCCGCCGCCCCCGGCCCGGCCGCGGGCGCCGGGGAGUCCUCGCAGGAGGAGGAGGAGGAGGAGCUGGAGCUGCAGGAGGAGGAGGCCGAGGACGAGGACGACGAGGACGAGGACGACGACGACGAGGACGACGACGACGACGAGGACGACGACGAGGACCUGCGCACCGACUCGGAGGAGUCGCUGCCCGAGGCGGCGGCCGAGGCGGGCGCACGGACCCCGGCGCUGGCGGCUCUGGGCGCCCCCGGCCCCGCGCCCGCCGCCGCGUCGCCCUAGCGCGCCUCUUCCCGCGGCGUCACGUCACUGUCCCCACUGUCCCCGGCGCUCUUUAAAGAAACGCUGUCUCCACGUGAAGCCCCUGAACAGAGCCGCCCGCCCGCCCCGCCGGGCGCCCCGCAGGUGCUUCCGGACCCCGAGUCCGUCUCAGGACAGAGGCGGGGACCCCUCUGGUGCUCGGGCCGCCCCGCCCGGAACGCGCAGCUCCGCGGCGGAGGACAGGCCGCCGCCCCCUGCCCGCCGAGCGGGGUCUUCAGGGAACAGCAGGUGCUCGCCCGGGCGCGCGCUGACCGCCGCCAGCUCUUUGCUCAGGACCGGGGCGGGCGCUGGAGGCCACUGGGACCCCAUCGGCCACCGGGGGCGGGGCCGCCACCUGUAGCGUCUGGCCGGGGGAGCCCCCUUCAUGCAGCUAAGACUUCCCCCCUUGCCCUGGGGAAGGCGGUCAGCACGGGUGACAGUACAGGGACAUGGAGGAAAUCUGAAGGUAGCAGCAGGCGGGCCCUUCAGUGCGGCUGCACCGCGCUCCAGGGCCAGGCUGCCGCCCCUGCCCCUGCCCCCCACC